GAGGGCAUUCAGCAUUGCUUGGGCUGGGCGUGCUCAGUUUUCCUCGCCCUGUUUGCCAGCUAAGUUUGCAUGGCACCACCAUGGCCGACAUGCAGCCAAAGCACUUUGUGAUUGAUUGUCGGUGCAUGUGAAUGCCAGAGUGUUAUGUUCAUAUGCUGCAUCAUCUCUUGCAUUCUUGGGGGCAUCCUUUGAGAGGUGCUUUUGGCUCAGAAAAAGAAGGAUGGAGUGUUAUGAGUAGAUGUAUUGUACGGGAGGAGCAAUGGCAGCCGAGUCCUGCAUAUCGGUUACGUGCCGCAGGCGAAAGUUGCUUGGUGUGCUUGCAAUUAUCUUGGCUGCCUUGGUAGCAUUACCUGGGAUCCGGCCCUGGCAUGCAAGCCGCAGCUUCACUUUGCCAUACGACCCAUGCACUUUGACGGCCUGCAAGAGGUUCUUUGCAGCAAUGCUUGCUGGUGGCGCAGUUCCUUUCCUCGGAGAAUUGUCACGGUCAAAGAAUUUCUUGCCCAUCAUGCUGCUGGUCGCGCUGGUUCUCCAGAAAUGUGGUGCUGACGCGCUGACGUGGUUCACCAAGGCGCACUUGCAGCUGCCCUACUCGGGAAGCAAUGUGUCCCUGAUCAGCGAAGUCCUUAAACCUCCUCUCAUACUUUUAGCCUUGGCUUCAUUCCAGUCUGCGCACAGCUUGGGCCCCACAAUGGCAGCAGCUGUGUCACAGUCCCCCUUGGCUAUGUGGUGGAUGGGCCUGCUCUAUGCAGCGCAGAAUCUGUUGUAUUUUGUGUGCCUACAAUUUUCGUCUGCUGCUGCUUACCAGGUCUUGAGUCAGUGCAAGAUGAUCUUCACAGCAGUACUCAUGUGGCAGAUGCUUGACAAGAGAUUUUCGCGCUUGCAGCUCAUCAGCCUCACCCUUCUGGUGAUUGGAGCAGUUUGCACGCAGCUGGCAGAGGUGCAAGGGCCUGUAGAACGAGGGGCACGGCCUUGGCUUGGUGCUGCCUUGACGGUGCUCAGUGCUCUGCUGAGCGCGCUGCCAAAUGUUUUCUAUGAACGCUGCCUCAAGGAGGAGCAGAAGGACCAAUGGGUUGCGAAUUUGCAACUGACAGCAUGGAUCACCAUUUGGACUUGCAUUAUCAAAGGGUGGGCAGCAGUGUGCUCAGGCACCGUGGGCGUGCCACACCUUGCGGACAUGUUCGCCGGAUUUUCACCGCUCGUUUGGGUAAUAGUCUUGCUGAAGACUCUGAACUGCAUCAUCGUCCCAGCUUGCCUCAAGUACGGCGACAAUAUCCUCUACGCAUAUGCGAAGCCGUUGUCCAUUGUUCUUACAUGUGCAGCGAUAUCAUUGUCGACAAGCACGCUUCCCUCCCCCGCAAUGCUGGCUGGUAUUGCCAUGGUUGUUGUAUCCAUCAUCGCCUACAGCAGGGGAUGAGCAAGAACGAUUUAGGAUGACAGAGCUGCUUGAUAUCUAAACCAAGCUUUGUAGGCUUAACUUUUGAACCCUCGCGCCGCCGAGUUCGGCUUCCAGUGGCUGAAAGUCACGGCAACAUUUCUUCGUGCAGGGGCUUCAAGUUCCAUUGCCGCGUUCUGGCCGGCAAGGUCCCAACUUUGGGAAGACAUUUGCCUUGCACUCACCCAGAUGGGAGUCAUUUCCCGUUUUGCUUUGCCUCGGGGCUUUUGAUUUCCCAAAUUCUGGGGCAAGCUCGUGCAGCGGUUUGUCAGGAGA